AACUAUCGAUAGUGACAUCGAUGAUGUUGUUUUGUUUUGACACUCAAUUGGGAAUAAUUUGGCAGUUAAUUUGUUAAUUAAUCCUGCUCCCGCUCCGGUUUCCCAUUAAGCCGUCCCCACUAACUCCCUGGAUUUAUUGGUCAGGUGACACAGCUCGCGACGACGAUGCCCACAUUCAGAUAGUAAUGGCCCGCAUCACUAGUAUCCUGGACUUGGAGCCCAGUUGCCUGCUUUUCAUUUUCAAUCUACUGAGCUUGGAGGACCAGCUGCACCUGGCUAGGUGUUGUCGCCUCUUUCGGGACGCUUUCCUCCACCUGCAUCGACACCAUUUCCAAGAUGUCAUCGACAGGGAGACGAAUUUGCGGACUCUCGAGGACUGGCACACAUUCCUUUGGCUGUGCGGUGGUCGCAUCCGCAGCUUACAAUCCUACUUCGACGAUGACCACCCUCUGCAGCUGAUGCCAAUGAUCAGCAGGCAUUGCUACCGGCUGGAGAGGAUCUCGAUUCAUAACGCAACUGUGGCCAGAGCACAGCCGUAUUUGCUGCGGAUGAGGUCGUUAAGAAGUGUUCAUGUGCGCAACUACAAGAGCACCAGCAAGGACCUGGUGAGAGCGAUAAGGAUUCACCUCCCGCUGGUGACCACCUUGAGCCUGGAGAGCUUCGAUCGAAGGGAAUUACAAGAAGUGCGUAAUUUUAGCGAGCUGGUUGAGUUGGGUCUGUACGAUGAAGUCACCGCCUCGGAGUUCGCUUUGAUAGUAAAGAACAUGAGAAAUCUGCGAACCCUUCAGCUGGGCAAUGCCAAACGCUUUCUAGUUACCAGUAACCUCAGGAUGUUGGCCGCCAAUUGCCGCCAGCUUGAGAAACUGUCCUUCCAAGACUGCGAAGCUGAUCUUCUAGUCCUGCCGCAAUUCUCGAACCUUAGGUACCUGCAAAUAUACUGCCCAGAGGAACUAAAGACACGCUUUUUCAAAGCCUUGGCUAGAAGUCAGUGCUCCACACAGCUGGAGUAUCUCAUACUCCAUCGGAAGCGCUGGAUCAGCGAGGAGCAGGCCCAACACAUCAGUGCCUUAAGGUCGCUAAGGUGGCUUGUUUGUAAGCCACGGGAUGACUUGUGUGUUCGACACUUGGCCGAGCUCCGGCACCUGGAGUGCCUUUCCGUGCAAGCAGCCAGGGAAAUAGGUGAAUUUCAGCUCUCGCUGCUGGUGACCAACAACGAACAGCUGCGGUAUCUGAACAUCUGCUACUGCCUGGGAAUCACAGAUGCCUUCAUCCUGGACACGCUUGGGAGUCUGGGCAGGCGAGUAGUCCACCAGCCAAUGGAGCUCUUUGCCGCAGCCACCGACAUCAGACACGAUAUUAUGGAGAGGCUGCCGUUAGAGUAUCCACGAAAGAUGCUCUGUCUGAACUUCGAGUGCAGCGAGGGAAUGGCCAGCGGCGAUCACUUCUAUGCUGAUGAACCGGAAUUUGAUCGCCAAGCUAUAUGAGCCUUGGUCGUUUGAUUGUUAAACAAAGAAUGUCCCUUUUUUCAUCAUUACCAAAAAGUCUAAACUAAUAUAAUACUUCUUUAUAUCCAGCUUUAUUAGUUUUUUUAUCACUCUAAGUGGUAUAUGUUUUUUGUUA